AUGUUUUCUUAUGUUCUUUCUCUAUUCUUUACAUCAUCACUUCUUUGUGAUUCUCCUGAACGAUGGCAAAUGGGACCUCAAGAUGGUGCAUCUCCUAUCCAAGAAGGUAUUGUAGAACUUCUAAGUUCUGUUGCUUUCUAUCUUGUUAUUAUCGUAUUUGGUGUUGCUUGGGCUAUUUUCUCUGCUGUUAAAAAUUUUAGUGAAAAGAAAAAUCCACUUACUUACCACUUCAGUCAUGGAACUACUAUUGAACUUGUAUGGACAAUUACUCCUGCUUUCGUUCUUAUUGCUAUUGCAUUCCCUAGUUUCAAACUUCUUUACCUAACUGAUGAAGUAUUCUCUCCUUCUAUGACUAUUAAAGCUGUUGGUCACCAAUGGUAUUGGUCAUAUGAAUAUUCUGAUUUCCUAAACGAGGAUGGUGAAUCAAUUGAAUUUGAUUCAUACAUGAUCCCUGAAUCAGAUAUUACUGAUGGUCAACUUCGACUUCUAGAUGUUGAUAACAACGUUGUUGUUCCUGUUGAUACUACUAUCCGAUUCAUCAUUACUGGACAAGAUGUUAUCCAUUCAUUCGCUGUUCCUUCUCUAGGAAUCAAAGUAGAUGCAUUUGAUGUUUCUGUAACACAAGGACCUCUUGUAUCUCUUCUUCUUAUUCUUAUUGUAUUUGUUCCUAUGCUUCUUUGUGUUGCUUUUAUGACUAUUAUCGAACGUAAAGUUAUGGGAUCUAUGCAACGACGUAUUGGACCUAAUGUUGUUGGAUACUAUGGAGUUCUACAACCUUUUGCUGAUGCUCUAAAACUUGUAGUUAAAGAACAAGUUAUUCCUGCACAAUCUAAUAAAGCCCUAUUCUACCUUGCUCCUAUGAUUUCUCUUAUCUUCAGCCUAUUUGGUUGGGCUGUUAUUCCAUUUGGACCUGGUAUGGCUAUUGCUGACCUUUCUAUUGGUAUUCUAUUCUCUCUUGCUGUUUCAUCUAUUGGUGUUUACGGUGCUCUAUUCGCUGGUUGGGCUGCUAACUCUAAAUAUGCUUUCCUUGGAUCUCUUCGUGCUACUGCUCAAAUGGUUAGUUAUGAACUUAUCUUCUCUACUUGUGUAUUUGCUGUUAUCCUUCUUGCUGGUUCUCUAAACCUUACUACAAUCGUAGAAUCUCAAACUGCUAUUUGGUUCAUUGUACCUCUAUUCCCAGUUUUCAUUCUAUAUAUUGUAUCUGCUCUAGCUGAACUGAACCGUACUCCUUUCGAUCUUCCUGAAGCUGAAUCUGAACUUGUUUGUGGAUUCAUGACAGAACACUCUGGUAUGAUCUUCGUAUUCUUCUAUCUUGCUGAAUACUCUGGUGUUGUUCUUAUGUCUACAUUCUCUUCUAUUCUAUUCCUUGGUGGAUAUGCUUUCCCUGAAAUCUUUGUAAAUGAAACUUUCAUCAAUCUACAAAGUAUUAUCCUUGCUAUCAAAGCUCUUCUAUUUAUGUUCUUCUUUGUUUGGGUUCGUGCUACAUUCGUACGACAACGAUACGAUCGACUUAUGAUCUUCUGUUGGACACAACUACUUCCUAUGACUAUUGCCCUUCUAGUUCUUGUUCCUAGUCUACUUAUUGCAUUUGAUAUCCCUGCUGUAAACUAA